AUGGGUGAGAUAGCGGGUGAGAUAGCAGAUACAACAAUGAAGAAGAAGAAGAAAAAGGGACGGCCUUCUCUUUUAGAGCUUCAAAAACGGUCUCUCAAGCAACAACAAUUACAAGAACAAAAAAGCCCUAAUUCUCUUAAAAACCCUAAUUCUCUCAAUUCCGAUUCUAUCCUUCCUAACCGUCGAUCCACCCGCCGCAGCUCUAAUUCCUAUGCACCAGAGUGGAUUGACGGAGACGACGAUGAAGAUGACGACGAAGACGAUGAGCGUAAAGAGAAGAAGCAUAAACUGUUGCGGGGAUUGAAUCCUCAAAAAAAUAAUGUUCAGAAUUCCAAUUCGCUGGGUCCUUCAAACUCUGAUUCGAAUGCUGAUGGCGGUAAUCACGAGGAGGGAAUUAGGAGGCGCAAGAUCAGCGACGUUCGUGUUGGAUCUGAUGAUUUGGGUGAAAAGGUUUUGAAAGGGACAGACACUCUUCAUGGGUCGUCGGUGGAGCCUGGUCCCACAACACCUUUGCCAGACAAAAAGUUGUUGGUCUUCAUUCUUGACAGACUUCAAAAGAAGGAUACUUAUGGGGUGUUUUCUGAGCCAGUGGAUCCAGAAGAGCUUCCUGAUUACUUUGACAUCGUUGAGAAUCCCAUGGAUUUUUCUACAUUGAGGAAAAAGUUAGACGAGGGAGCUUACACCAACUUGGAACAAUUUGAGAAAGAUGUUCUUCUGAUAUGUUCAAAUGCAAUGCAGUACAACUCUUCCGACACCAUUUACUUCCGACAGGCACGGGCCAUGCAAGAAAUUGCAAAGAAGGACUUUGAAAAUCUCAGGCAAGAUAGCGAUGACAGUGAACCACAACCCAAAAUUGUUAGGAGAGGGAGGCCACCAGGCCUUGGCAAGCUGAAAAAGUCACUUGAGAGGUCUCCUGUUGACCGUGUUGCUCCCGAAGCUUCCUCGGAUGCAACUCUUGCCACUGGAGGAGAUAACAAUAGCUUGUCCAAUGGUUACAAUCUCAGAAGAAGUUCUUCAUACAAGUACCAGCCUGCUGAUGCAUUGGUCAGGGCCUCUUAUGUGUCCCACAGCAGUGAAAAUUAUUCUACCUGGGUGUCUGAAUGGGAAAAUGAAUUUCCGGCUUCUGUUGUCAAGGCAGUGAUGAAGUAUGGGAAGAAACCGUUUGUGAUAGACGAGAACAAGCGUGACACCUAUAAGCAUCCUUUGGGCUCCCAUGAGCCAUCUGUCUUGACGACCUUUGAAGGAGAAUUAAAGCAACUCAUGGUGGUAGGUUUAAGCUCUGAGCAUGGUUAUGCAAGAAGUCUAGCUCGCUUUGCUGCUGAUCUUGGGCCUGUUGUUUGGAGAAUGGCUUCAAAGAAAAUUGAAAGUGUCUUGCCAACAGGACUUGAGUUUGGUCCUGGAUGGGUAGGAGAAAAUAAAGCAAUGGAGAAGCAUAAGGUUUCAAACAACCCUGUAUCUGAUAACCAUUUAAGCAGAUUUCAACCUGCAACUUCUUCUAGUAGAGAUGCAGCAUGGAGUAGAGAAGACAUACCAGAAACUAUUGGUGGAUUGAAUUCUAAAAAUGAGUUAACUACACUGAACAGUGGUGUUGGUGGGAUGAAAUCUGUGCCCUCUGUCCCGAUUCAGCAGAAACUGAUGAUUCAUCCCAAUAUGAAUGGUUUCAGUGGAGGAGUUGGAUAUAAUUCAUCUCAAAUGGGGAUGGUGCGGCCCGUGGCACCUACAGGAAAGUUCGGUAUGGAGCACCCUACAGUGCCUCCCCAAAUGUUUGGUGUGGUUCCAUCUAGCAACAAUACCUUCCUUUCAAUGCCUGGGAAUGAUUUUAAUUCGAACAAAGCUACGCUGUCAGAAACUUCAAGUGGAUUAUUGCAGUCUGGAAUUUCUCCAGCUGUAGGCUCCAGCUCUGACUCUCGUACAUUACGCAAUGUGGGAUUUGGUGGCAAAUCAUCUUGGCAGGGAUUUUUACCAUAUAAUCAACAAGGUAAUGUUCCAUUUCCACCAGACCUGAAUGUUGGAUUCUUGGCACCUGGUUCACCUACUUCUAGCGUGCCAAUUGGUUCACCACGGCAGCCAGAUUUAGCAUUGCAGCUCUGA